AGUAAUUGUGUCGACGUGUUGCAUUUUUUACAAAAUUACAAACUAUAUAUUGCUCCGCGAAGCAAAUUUUUCAGACCUAACUCAGCAAGUGUGAUAAUCAAGACUAUUUUCCCAACACGUGCACUAGAAUAUUCACGUCAACCGACUUGUCAGAAAAAUCGACACGUGAAUCUUGGACGUCAGCAGCGCCAAUGAUUAAGGUUGCAUGAUACGAUGAUAGCAUGGACUUUAUAUAACAUGAUGAUAGUAACAAUAUUAGUUAUUUAUUCUUCAUAAUGUAGAAAUAUAUACUUUUUAAAAUUCGUAAAUUGUCGAAUGUUAUAAGACAGAGUUGUAUCCCUUCGAAUCAAGUUUGUUCAUGUUCCUUGUUUACAAAUGUGACGUCAAGUCUUAUGUGUCUCUUCACGUUCACGCCUUUCAAAGUCGGACAGCUUAUAAAGCUGAUAACCGAGCGAUCGCUUCCAAGUCGUUAUCAAGCGGUACAAACGAAGAGCUUUAGGGGCAUCUUAACAGAAAACUCGCAUUUUAUAACUUGGACAACACUCAUUACAAUGUCAAGUAGAUCUCAGAAACUCAAGAGGAAAGCAGUAGAUGAUACUAAAACGAAAGCUAAGAAAGCCCGGGGCGAGACAGAGUUAGGAGAUGGCCUUCAUUGGAUUCAACACGGUAAAGAGGUUAAAGGGGCGUGUCCGGUGAUAGCCCUGACAUCGGACACACUGCCCGGACGGGAUAAGAUAGCGGGAUUUGACAUAGAUUUCACAAUCAUCCGAACUCAGAGCGGACGGAAGUUUGCAACAGGUGCUAAAGAUUGGGAGAUGUGGGAUGAUUCCGUUCCAACAAAAUUAAAAGAAUUACACAAAGAUGGAUACAGAAUUGUUUUCUUCACCAAUCAAGCCGGAAUAGAAAAAUUAAAAGUUAAACCAAGUGAAAUAAAAGAUAAAAUAGAAUCUAUCAUAAGUUCAGUUGGUAUACCUAUUCUUGCUUUUAUCUGCACAGGUGAAAAUCAUUUUAGAAAACCCAGUACCAGAAUGUGGGAUUUUAUGGUAGAGGAAUGUAACCAAGGUGUGACCGUUGAUCUUGAGAAUUGCCUUUAUGUUGGUGAUGCAGCUGGCAGAGCAAAAAACUGGGCACCAGGCAAGCCAAAAGAUUUUUCUUGUGGUGAUCGCAUGUUUGGUGCCAAUAUUGGAAUAAAAUUUUACACCCCUGAAGAAUUUUUUCUGGGUGAAAAAGCAGCACCUUUUGAAUGGAGGAGUCUAAAUCCAAUAGAUUAUUUAAAGAAAAACCCAGCAUCAAAUGAUAAAGUAGAAUAUAAAUCUAAGAAACAAGAAGUUGUGAUUAUGGUGGGAUGUCCAGCAUCAGGUAAAAGUUCCUUCCGUAAAAGAUACUUUGAACCACAUGGUUAUGUUACUGUCAACAGAGAUACAAUGGGAACACAAGAAAAAUGUAUUAAGGCAGCUAAAAAUGCUCUGAAUGAAGGUAAAAGUGUUGUAGCAGAUAAUACAAACCCAUCAGUUGCUGCCAGAGAACCAUAUAUAGAUAUGGCUAAAAACAAAGGGAUACCAUGUAGAUGUUUUUAUAUGCAGACACCAAUGGAAUUAGCUCACCAUCUUAACUAUGUUCGACAAAAUCAAACAGAAAGUGAAGUUCGCAGAAUACCUGAUGUCGGCUAUAAUGUUUACAAGAAAAACUUUGAGGAACCAUCGAAAUCUGAGGGAUUUUCUGAAGUUGUCAAAAUUGAUUUCAAACCAAUAUUUGACAAUGCAAAUCAUGAAACAUUAUUUAAAAACUGGACAUAAGUAUAAAAAUCCUGAAAACACGAUGAAAUAUAUGAUGUUUCAUCAUUUCAGUGUUACCGGUAUCUGUCAUAAUGCACAUUUUAAACUGUUAGUAUGGUAAUGUUGUAGAAUUCAAUUUUUAUAUCAUUUACUUUUUCUCGUGUUAUUGCAUUUUUAUAUCAUGUACUUUUUCCAGAGUUAUACAUACACUAUUUCAUUUGUAUUUUUAUUCCAUCUUUGGGUAUCUUCAUGGAAAACAUAGUGUUCACAACAUAUCAAAUUUUAUACCUGUUCAUUUUAGUGAUGUUAAUAUUAUAUAUUUUUGUUAAUGUUUAAUUGUUUAUUGAUCAUAAUAUGUUAGUUGUUGUUUUUUUUUUUGUGUCUGAAUUUUGUUGAAGAUAUGCAAAGCUCAAUGGUUGUGUGUGGCAUACAGGUUAUUCAUGAUAAUACUGUUUUAUUUUAUUACGGGUAAAUAUAAUUAGGCUGUCAUGAUAAUAGAAUAUAAUAAAUGGCAUUGUAAAUUGUUUAAAGUCACUGAUUGUCCUUUAUAAACAUUAUUUUAUUGAUUGGGAAACAGAAAAAGCCUAUAUACAUGUAAUCACUCUCCUCAAAGUCAUACAUGUACAGGCAUAUGAACAUUAUGUAAACUACAUGUAUUUACAACACAAAACUUAAAGGGACUAUCCCUUAUUUGAGUCUCAAAAAUAAAAGUCUGAGUAUGUAUAAAAUUUAAACGCCAAACUAUAGAGGAAUUGUGUAUUUACCUUGUCUCAAAAUUUCAGCUCAAAAUAUUGAGUCAUUUGGAUGUGACCGUCAAAACUGCUUAUCCGGACACGUAACCCUUUUAAGAUUUCGGAUCAAUUUUUUCGUUGGCUGACCUGAUAAUGGAUUCACGCUCAUUGAGAGGUCUAUACAGUGAAUGACCCAAAUGCUGUAUUUGAUAACGAAAAGUAAAUUUCACCUACACAUUAUUUUUAUACAAAAAAUGUCUGGUUUUAUCUAGACACCCACAAUACAGCUUGGGACACCGGUCUCCAUUUCCAGAUGAAGACUGACGGGUUUCAG